AUGUCAGCGGUGGAAAUCUCCGCGGUCGGAGCUGCCGUGGUCGGGGGCCCUGUCGUUGAUCGUGGUAGGGGGUUGUUGCAGUCUAUAGGGGUAGGGAGGGCUUCUCGGCGUCGAGGAAUCUGCGUCUUGGCGUGGUGGGGAGUGGAAGUAGGAAGCCAGCGUCCGAGCCUUAGCGAUAAGUGCACUCUCAUCGUCGCCUUGAGCCCAGUGGUUGGGAGGCGAUGGCGUCAGAUCCAGAUCUUGAAAGACAAAGAGAAAGCCAAAGCUUCAAUCUUCUAUUACUACACAUACUCUAUCAAUGGCUUUGCAGCAAAUUUGGAUGAAGAGACAGCAAAACAACUCUCAAAGCAUCCCAAAGUUGUAUCCGUGAUUCCAAACACAUUUAGCCAGCUUCACACAACACAUUCAUGGGAAUUCCUCGGUCUCAAUUCCACCCCCGGCGGCUCUACAUCUUCGUUAUGGGAACAGGCAAAUUAUGGAGAAGAUGUUAUCAUUGCAAACUUAGACACCGGUGUAUGGCCGGAAUCUGCAAGCUUCAACGAUGAUGGCUUAGGUCCCAUUCCAUCAAAAUGGAAGGGAAUUUGUCAGAAUGACAAAGACAAGGAUUUCAAAUGCAACAGGAAGCUGAUCGGCGCAAGAUACUAUAAUAAAGGUGGCAUGAGCAAUGAGACAUACUACGACAGUCCCCGUGACAGCGAAGGGCAUGGCACACACACUUUAUCGACGGCCGGAGGAAGUUUUGUGCCUAAUGCUAGUCUCUUUGGCUACGGUGCAGGCGUGGCAAAAGGCGGGGCACCUCGGGCCCGUGUCGCCGCCUACAAGGUGUGCUGGGAUCGAGGGUGUUCCAAUGCCGAUGUGGUGGCUGCAUUUGAUGAUGCGAUACAUGAUGGUGUUGAUGUAAUAUCAAUAUCACUUGGGGGCAUGCCGAUGCCAUAUCUCAAUGAUGCUAUCGCCGUCGGCUCCUUCCACGCAAUAAAGAACGGCAUCUUUGUUGUAUGCUCAGCUGGAAAUGCAGGCCCUGUGCCAUUUUCUGUUGGCAAUGUUGCCCCCUGGAUCUUCACCGUUGCUGCUAGCUCAAUGGAUAGAGAUUUUACUGCCACUUUGUCUUUCAACAAUAUCACCCUUCAGGGUAAGAGCUUGUCUGAGAAGGCCCUUCCGGGGAAGAAUGAGUAUCCCAUAAUUCUUGCAGGAGAUGGGCGUCUAAAUUCAUCAAUAUCACUUGGGUAUUAUUGUUAUCCAAAUACUUUGGACCCCAAGAAGGUGCAAGGUAAGAUAGUAGUAUGUUUGGGUGGAGGAGAAGUGUACAGAGCCCAAAUGGGUAAGGCUGUGCUUGAUGCUGGCGGCGCUGGAAUGGUAAUCUAUUAUGACCCUUCCGCGUCCACUCGAGUGCCUGAAAUAUUCCCUGUUCCUCAUGUCCUCCCUGCCACCGAAAUAUCCGUCAAUGAUUCUUAUCAAUUGUUAAACUAUCUCCAUAACACCAAGACACCUACAGGUUAUAUUUCUCUUCCUCAAACAACGCUGAACCUGAAACCGGCACCUGUAAUGGCCUCAUUCUCUUCUCAAGGACCGAAUCCCCUAACUCUUCAGAUCCUCAAGCCUGAUAUCACAGCACCAGGAGAGAGCAUUCUUGCUUCCUUCACCAAUGCCACUAGUCCAACAUUGUUCGGCUUCGAUACUCGCCGAGUCUCCUUCAAUGUACUGUCCGGCACCUCCAUGUCUUGCCCACACAUUGCCGGUGUUGUUGCACUCCUCAAAUCUGCCAAUCCCACUUGGUCUCCUGCCAUGAUCAAAUCAGCAAUCAUGACUACUGCUGAAGUUCAUGAUAACAAUGGAACCUUAAUCAAGAACUACACAAUGAAAACUGCCACACCAUUUUCUUACGGUGCCGGACAAGUUUCACCAAACCGUGCCAUGGAUCCUGGUCUUGUGUAUGAUAUCACAACCAAUGGCUACUUGAACUUCUUGUGCAAUUUCUAUGGCCCUGAUGAUCUCAAAUCCUUCAAUGACGCUCCAUACGCAUGCCCAUCUCCAGUUGUAAAGAUUGAGGACUUGAAUUACCCAGUCAUCAUGACGUUUCUUGAUAUGUUCAAUAAUACAAUGACUGCAACUCGAACACUGACCAAUGUCGGAACGCCCGGUCAGUACAAAGUCUCCGUUCAAGAACCAUCAGGGGUUUCAGUGACAAUAACUCCGCCAACUCUUAACUUCUCUAAGGUUGGUGAACAGCAGCAGUAUCAUGCAACACUCAAGUUGGUGAAUACGAGUAGCUACUUUGAAUUUGGAAACAUUGCAUGGUCAGAUGGUAAGCAUAAUGUGAUCAUUCCAGUAGUUGUGGGUCAUCCGAUUCAGCCACUGAAUAUCUGGCUGAAACGCAACAACCGUUUUUUUAACCAAAUUCAGUCUCCCAUUUCUUCUACUCUCUACAAAACAACUAAUUUGCUUCUCUCUUGGAUUUCUGCAGAUGCAGAGACCCACCAGCAGGAACCCUUAGAUGCUGUUCAGAGGAUUAAACGAUCCCUUAACUUCCUGAGCUCUAGAUCAACUGAUCCCUCUGGUGAUUCGGUGCAUACCUCUGGUCAGGAGUAA